GUCUGUCUUGCCCUCCCAGCAGGCUUUCUGAGGACUGCUCCCCUUCCUGGAGCUGCUCCCAGAACCAUGGAGAGUCUGAGCGAACUAGAGAACCCGCUGCUGCCUCGGAGCCCCGCUCACCUCCAUGGCCCCUACCCCUACCCUGAGGCUUCGCCCAGCUGGUCAUGCCAGGAGAAGCUCUACUCCUACCUCCUGGGUGGUGCUGGCCCUGCUCGCGCCCACCAGAUCCUCGACCCGGGGUCCCUGCAGCUGGCCGUGGAGGCCUGGUACAGGCCCAGCUUCCUCCUGGGGAGGGACAAGGUCGAGGAGCCCAGGACAGGCAGCUGCGAGACCAGCUUCACAGAGAGCAGGGAGCCCCAGGCUGGGCCCACGGAGCAGUCCACAGAACCUGGCCAAGUGGAAGAGGAUGUCACCAUCCAGACUGUGUCCUAUGGGGUUCAAGAGGAGCUGCAGGGCCAGGAGGACGACCAGGAGGAGGAGGAGAGUGAUGCAACCUCAACAGAGAGUGAAAGUGAAGACAAUUUCCUCAUGCUGCCUCCCAGGGACCACCUGGGUCUCACCAUCUUCUCCAUGCUCUGCUGCUUCUGGCCCCUGGGCAUCGCCGCCUUCUACUUCUCCCAGGGGGUAAGAGCACGUGGGGCCCAGGGCUUCCACUGCCAUCUCCCUCCACUGGAGGGCUUGGCAGAGCGUUUGCAGGAUGGGGUCAGGGGCUGGCCAGGCUGGGGCUGUUUUGCUGGGCGUGGGGAUGCUCCCUUUCAUCAGCACAUCUCUCUCCCUAGACCAGCAAGGCCAUCUCCAAGGGAGACUUCCGCCUGGCCAGCACCACCUCCCGCCGAGCCCUCUUCCUGGCCACACUCUCCAUCGCCGUGGGGACUGGUAUCUAUGUGGCCGUGGUGGUGGCUCUGGCAGCUUACAUGUCCCAGAAUGGCCACGGCUAGUGCCCAGUAGGACCUGGCAUCCUGACUCCCCUACUCCACCUGAGGAGGCAGUGGGGCUUGGGGUUGCAGACUCUCUGGAGAGCCCUGACCCCUGAAGACAACCUGUGAGGGUGGCUUGUGGUAGGGAGGCCUCCCGAGCUGCAGCCUGCGGGACUCAACCUUCACUUCUUCUUGCCCAUUGCAACCAGCCCCAGAGCAGGUUCAGGGAACACCACUCUCCAGCCCAGGCUGUGUUGGGAAGCAGGAGAGGGUAGGGCUGCCCACCAGGCCAUCCAGGCAGGGCCUAUCUCUGGCUUGAGGCCGGCUGGGAGCUCAGCCCAUUCUGCCCAUUCCCUAGAUGGUCUCCUGCCCUGCAGGCAGCCCCCUGCCCAACUCUGCCAACCUCUCCACAGAGAAUAGCAGAUCACAGGGACAGAAGGGAUGCUGGGGAGGCAGGGGACCUGACCCAGUCCUUUCAGCCCAUAGGAGUCUCCAUCCUGGGGACAGCUGAGCUUCCCCAACUCCACUCUCUGGCCCCAUGAUGCCCAGACCCCAGCCAGCCAGGAGACGCAGGGACCCCUUGGUCUUUCUGAUUAUGAAGGGCGCUUAUCUCAUUGU